UAGUUGUAGAAGGGGAAGGAAACAGCUCAAGGGAAGCAAUGGUGAGAAGAAGAAAUCAGUAGCUGCUUCAGUUACAAAUGGAGUCUUGGUUACGGCCUUUCUUGGCUCAAACCCUUAAUUGGGUCUCCACUCAAAACCUCCACAAAUAUGGAGCUGUUUUGAAUAGGUUCCUACCAGGCAUCCUGGAAAAUGAGGAGGCGACAAAAAGGGCAUUGCAAGAUGACAAAUCACAAAAUGUUGAGGAAGUACAGAAAAUCAUAGGGUACGACUUUAAUGAUCGGAAUUUAUUGCGGCAAGCUUUUACACAUACGUCGUAUCAUAAGGACUGUAUAUCUUAUGAGCGGCUCGAGUAUGUGGGUGACUCGGUUCUUAACUUUAUGAUCACAAAAGAACAUUUUUUUAAGUAUCCAAAUCUUCCACCUGGGUUGUUGUCACCUCUACGUGCUGCAAAUGUUGACACAGAGAAGCUUGCGCGUGCUGCUGUUAAGCAUAGUUUCCACAAGUAUUUACAGCAUGGAAAGCCUAUCCUUAUGCGACGAAUUCAAUCAUUUAUAAAUGUUCUUCCUGAGUAUCCUUUGCAUUCCCAUGGAUUGAUAGAUGCUCCAAAGGUGCUUGCUGAUGUUGUUGAAUCAACGAUAGGAGCAGUAUUUAUUGAUAGCAAUUCUUCAAUUGACACUACCUGGGAGGUAGCGAAGAUUCUAUUAGAGCCCAUAAUUACACCGGAAAUGCUUGAAACAAAUCCGGUAAAGAAGCUAUAUGAGACCUGCCAGAAGCAUAAACUUAACGUUCGAGUAGUCGAUAUGUGGUCACAUGAUGGGAGUUUUGAAGUUUUUGUUGACAAUCAAAUGAGGGGAAAAGGCAUGUGCCAUGUAAAGAAAGAAAUUGCAUUGAACAGAGCUGCAAACAAAGCAUAUAAUGAAGUUAUUGGAAUGCUAAGUGUUGGCAAUAUGAAUAUAUAGCUCAUAGAGAAUAAUGUGGCAUUAGAAAUACAACUAUUUGUCUC